GAAUGAGAAUUACCCAUUCUCCAGACUUCACGUUGGUUGACUCCAGCCUCAAAUUGCCUCAACCGAGGCUCAAGUCCUCAGCCUUGUGGCGCUUCCCCCCAGGUUUCCGGUUUCCCCGCAAUAUAUUCAACCCUUCUUGACAUGGGGACAGCGCUUACGCUUACCAGACCCGAUGGUUGGUGCCGCCCGAGGGUCUUAUUACAAGUGGGUAUUUACAUACUGUAUGUCAGACGGAGAUAGGACUCAAAAUCAACGCUUGAUUCUCUUUGUCGGGAUUCAAGUUCUCCGUAGACCUCCUUGAUCUCCUUCACGAACGGGUAUCCGGCACGAACCCUAACACUACCUACUCACGCAUACGCUCUCGCUCUCGUGCUUCAUAGACUAUCCAGACCAAACCCUCGAAGGGCUGCCUCGGGCUGGGCACCCAAAGCUAGGUAACCGAGGGAUAACCGGCCGAGUAUUACAGACCUAAAAACAUCAGCAGAAACCAUACUGUACACGCAACAUUAAGGAGAAGUUAAUAAGGCUGCUUGCUACAAGAUCAAAGGGUGCAGAAAUAAAAAGCCCGCUCCAAUUAUACUUGAACCGUUGUUUUGUUACCACACCAGGGAAACAGUAGUUCCGUUCAUUGUAAGCGGAGUUAAUUCGAAACAGAUUCCAAUUUCCAGCCAAAAUGCCCCAAAAGAAGCUUCAUGUUGGCAUCUGUGGUGGAGGCCUGGGUGGUCUCACGGCUGCAAUCGCAAUCGCCCGGACAGGGGCAAAGGUCACAUUGCUUGAGGCUGCAAAAGAGCUCGGUGAGAUAGGAGCGGGAAUCCAGGUGUUUCCAAAUGUGUCCCGGCUGCUCAUUAGAUGGGGGGUCGACGAAUUGAUUGGAAGAAACCUGAUCUUGGUGGACGAAAUCAAUACUUGGAGUGCAGACAAUCAACUGAUUGCGCGCUUUGAUCCAAAGCUCGGUGCGAAACAGGCCGGGUUUCCACACUGGCUAGUGCGUCGAGACCAUCUGCAUGCAGGACUUACCGAAUUUGCCCGUCGUCACGGCGUCGAGAUGAAAGUCGGCUCCCGCGUCGACACCCUCGAAUACUCCGAAGACACGGUCAAAGUUCGAACAACCAGUGGCGUCGAGCAUUCAUUCGACCUGCUGGUUGGAUCAGAUGGCAUCAAAUCAACCAUCCGGCGGACCCUCUUCCCAGAUGUUGUCCCUCAGGCUGCUUCGACAGUUGCAGCGUUCCGAGGGAUUUUGUCUUAUGAAGAGGUCUUUGCUCAGGUGCCAGAGGCUAGGCAACUCUUGAGAAACACCAUGGAUGGGUGGAUCGGUCCGAACGGAUAUAUCCUGCUAUACCCUCUUUCAGCCGGCACCGAGUUGAACGUGGUGACACUGUUUCAAAUGGACCACAUCGUAAAGGUCCCUGAAGUCAUGGAGAUCGGCGAGUUUCGGCAGCUAUACAAGGACUGGAAUCCUGUUGCACGCAAGAUCCUCGAGCUGGUCAACUACACGCAGAAGUGGCCCUUGCUCGUACUGCCUCCUAUGAAAACAUGGUCAAACGAGCACAAGAAUGUUGUGCUUCUGGGUGACGCGGCGCACUGCAUGCAAAACCACAUGGCGCAAGGAGCAGCCACGGCCAUGGAAGACGGCGCUUUCCUGGGCACUGUCAUUGGCGAAGUCGUGCGAGGUACCAUCAGCCUGUCCGAAGCCAUUGGAUUGUACGAAAAGAAGAGAAUCCCUCGUGCGUGGACCAAACAACAGGCCUCGUUUGUGUCUGGCACCAUCAAUAUGGCCGUGGGCGAGGAAGCAGAGAGAAGAAACCGAGCAUCUGCUCCCGAGGUGAAAGCCUGGGACCGGAACAUCAUCUAUCCUAGCGAUCUGUUGCCACCCACUUACCGGUCGUGGCAGAUGUAUUGUACCCCGACGAGCGUUCCGGGAAUAUUAUAUUAUGAUCCCGAAGGGGACGCAGAUAACGCCGUGUGUGAGUACCUGCAAAGCAAGACAGAGAUGGACCCCACCACCCUGGUUACCAAAGGCCUUUGGGACAAGUGGUGGGGAGUGAUCGAUGACAAUGGUCUUGGUGGUUUCGAGGGUGAUAUCAAUGGUGUAAAAUCGCAGUGAUGGCUUGUGCAGUGGUUUUUGCCAUUGGUGCCAUUCAUUUCAUGCCACCCCAGGCGUCUUUGAUCCGAAAUCAACGUGUUCAGAAUUAUCUAUUUGGGUAGCCCUGGGAUAUCGACGCCGUUGUUCUGCAGUAUAUCGAUGGGCGGAAUAACAUAUCUCAUAGCGGAACAGUGAAA